AUGGACUCCGAGCCAUCGCCAAAGCCGCACCGCCCAUCCUCGAAACUACACAAGCAGCCGCCCAGCUUCCUCCAGCAGUCCUCCUCGUCUUCUUCCAGCCCGCUCUCCUCCCUCAGCAACCUCACCUCGCCAUGGUCCGUCAGGAAGAAGCACUCCUCGACCUCGCUGCAGCGCCAUCCCUCCGCUCCCGUCUACCCGCGCUCCUACUCCGACAGAGAGCGAGAGCGCGACCAGGCCCGCGAGAGAGACCACUCCCGCACACGCUCGAGUAACUUUGCCUCCUCGUCGGCCUCCGUGGACCAGCUGGCGGGUGGUGGUGUUGUCAGCGGUGGUCCUCCUGGGGGGGCCAGUCCUGUCAACGGCGUCGAUUUUGGGCGCUUACAGUUGGUCCAGAACAACACGCACACGCCGAACAGCAACACCAACAACAUCAUCAUCAACAACAACACACAAAUUAUGCAGAACGGGAGAGUCUCGAGUUCCACGGGCGAAGAGGAUGACAUUCCCUCGACAUCUCACAGCAACACCAACAACAACAACAACAACAACAGCGGUAACGAGAUGACAGAAGAAACGAUGGUGCCCAGCCGGCCCCCCAUGCCGCACAGCUACAGAUCCAGUCCGGAGGUCUCGCCUAGCCUUAACAACUCCGCUGGGUUUGGACCCUCUCCCGCCGCCACCACACCCGGAGCGGGUAUUGCUACCUCGAUUCCGCUCAAUCGACAAUCAGACGAAGGGUCGAGCUCACCCGCCAAUCCCAACAAUGCACAGAGCAGUACUGGCGGCGGUAGCGGCGGCGGCGGCGGCGGUGGAGGAGGAGGCAGCAGGCUCUCGUUGAGCAGGAAGAAGACCGGCUUUAGCAACUUCGUCAACAGCAUGCUGGGCUCGCCGAGGAAUAUCAAGAUCUCUGCGCCAGAGAACCCGGUGCACGUCACUCACGUUGGCUUUGACAACCAGACCGGACAGUUCACAGGUCUACCAAAGGACUGGCAACGCAUGCUGCAGGAGUCCGGCAUCUCAAAGAAAGAGCAAGAACAGCAUCCGCAGACAAUGGUUGAUAUCAUGAAGUUCUAUGAAAAGAACGCUGCUGGCCGUGACGACGAAGGUGUCUGGCACAAGUUUGAUAACGCUAGACUGGCAGACCACUAUCAUCAUCAUGAGCAGGUCACUCCUCUCGCUACCAGCCCCGGUAUCACAUCUCCGAGGUUCCCGCAGAACCACGAAGGAAGCUUUGAGAACCCCCGCGCACCGCCUCCCAUUCCUCGACAGACCCCCCUCGCCAGUCCACCGCCACCUGCUCCUCCGACUUCGUCUUCUGCUCCUUCAUCUAUGCCUACUUCGGCUCCGUCCGCUCCAGCAUCGGGAUGGGUUCCAAAUCGAGCAGCUCCAAAGGCUCCUAGACCACCGCCACAGCCAUUGAUCACUCCUACCAGUGCUGGCGCCUCUUCUCUCCCCUUUGGUGUCCAGACCAUACCAGAGUCUGCUCCGCUACAAUCGACUUCCACUCCGACAACUACUCCGCCAGCCACGGCUAGGAGCCGCUCGAAUUCCAAUGCCAACGGCGGAAUCAGUCCCGGUGGUCUGUCUCGUAAGCCUUCUACGGCAAUUACUUCGCCCGCUGUCUACCAGCAGAUGCAGGAACAGGCCAUUACUGCUGCUCAGCAAGCCAUUACCAACAAGCAGAUCGAGCGGUCCAGGAGUAUGAGACAGCAGCAGCAGGCUCAACAGCAGCAACAACAACAGCAACAGGCUCAGCAACAAAUGAAUGAGCCAUCUCCUGUCGACUACACGGCUCCGGACGGGAAUUAUCCCCAAAUUCAAUCCCAGAACUACCCUCUACAACACGCCCAGGGUCCCCGAGUUGUUCCAGCCCCUGUCCCAGUUCCAGCACACGCCCCUGUGCCAGGGUCAGCCCAGAUUCAUCCGCAACAGCAGCAACAAAUGCCACUACCUCCCGGGGCCUCCGCUCGUCCGCGUGUCCGCCCCCGCCAGCCCCCUACCCCCACGAUCGACAUCCGCGCCCGUCUCAACACUAUCUGCACCACUGGCGAUCCCACCCGCAAAUAUCGAAAUCUCCACAAAAUCGGCCAAGGCGCGUCUGGUGGUGUUUACACUGCCUAUGAGAUCGGCACAAAUCACUGCGUAGCCAUCAAGCAGAUGAAUCUUGAACUGCAGCCCAAGAAGGACCUUAUCAUCAAUGAGAUCUUGGUCAUGAAGGAGAGCAAACACAAGAACAUCGUCAAUUACAUGGAUUCGUUCCUGCACGGCGGAGACCUCUGGGUCGUCAUGGAGUACAUGGAGGGAGGCAGCUUGACGGACGUGGUUACUUUUAACAUCAUGACCGAGGGACAGAUUGCUGCCGUUUGUCGGGAGGUCCUGCAUGGUCUCCAGCAUCUGCAUUCAAAGGGCGUCAUUCACCGAGACAUUAAAUCAGAUAACAUCCUUCUCUCCCUUGAAGGCAAUAUCAAACUAACCGACUUUGGUUUCUGUGCACAAAUAAACGACGCCCACCACAAACGUAACACAAUGGUCGGAACACCCUACUGGAUGGCCCCCGAAGUAGUCACCCGCAAAGACUACGGUAGGAAAGUCGACAUCUGGUCUCUGGGCAUCAUGGCCAUCGAGAUGAUCGAAGGUGAACCGCCGUAUCUCACCGAGUCGCCUCUCAGAGCACUCUACUUGAUUGCCACGAAUGGAACUCCCGCCAUCAAAGACGAGCAGAACCUCUCGCCUGUCUUUAGAGAGUUCUUGGGCAUGGCGCUGAAAGUGGAUGCAGAAAAACGGGCUUCAGCACAUGAUUUGCUCAAGCAUCCUUUCAUGAGCUACUGUGAACCACUCUCUAGCCUAGCGCCGCUUGUUAAGGCUGCGCGCCAAAACAGAGCGCAAGAGAAGGCGCAGAAAGGCGGCGCUUAG